AUGGACCUCCUCUCCGCCACGACCCCCGAACAUCCUUCCAAACCCCACCCACUCGAAGUACAGAGCGGUACCAAGCUCCGCCUACACAUCGAGCGCAUCCCGCCAACCAGCACAUCGGUCGUGCACAUCAGCCGGGCAAUUGGCAUCGCCAACGAGAUUCUGCUCGGUCUCUUUCCGGCCACCUACAAUUCCGAAGCUUAUGCUGAGGCAUUUGGCCGCUGUCGCUCGGUAUCUCUAGUGGUCGCGUGCGUGCGGACCUUUUUCGAAGUGGAGAGUGUGUUGGCCGAACGACACGCCGUCGACGAGAUUGCGCGCAAGCGCGCACAAGAGAUGAAUGAGGCGGCGCCGAAAAGUGUGGCCGAGGUCGGUCCGGAAGUUGUUAUUAACGAUAGCCAAAGCUGUUCGUCGUACCUCGAGCCGGGCGAGCCGACGGGAUUCCUUGGCCGCCGGGCUUCCGCUCCAGCUUCACCUGGCUUCCUAUCCCGCCGCUCCUCGCGCAGUCCUAGCCCACACCGCCGUGUCCCAGCGCCUCCCAAGUAG